CUUCCAAACAAAAACAAAAAUUUCUUUGAACCUCUUGGAAUCAUGCCAAUGUUUCAUCAAAGUUAAAAGUGAAUUCAAUAAUUUCCUAUGCAAAAUGGAUAAAAAGCCAAAGCGCGAACAGCUCGCGGAUGAACCCAACGAUUCCUUCCCGUGCUCCUUCGAAGGAUGUGGCAAGGUCUUCCCCAGCCUGACCGCCCAGUGCACGCACGAAGCCGUCUGCAGCCGGGCCGGAGCCGCGCCAAGACUUUCGUGCGAAAUCUGCGGCUCCCGGACGUACAAACUGAAGCAGCACAUGGUUCUGCAUCGGCCACCCGAGCACCAGUGUCCGGUGUGCCGGAAGAUGUUCCACUAUCGGUACAACCUGACCGCACAUCUUAGAGUCCACGCGAAAGAGCUGGACCCACUCGGGGAAGGUUCCUACGAGGGCACGCAAUUCUUGCUCCGGAUGGUGGACGCUGCACCGCGGAUUCCAAAAAAGAAACCCGAGCCGCAGAGCUUUUCCUGCACCGUUUGCCCGGCGGUCUUCAAGGCGAGCAAAACGUUGCGAUUCCAUUUGAACGCUCACGAAGGUUUAACUCCGUUCGCGUGCCGGAACGAGGGCUGCCAGGAGGCCUUUGCCAACCCGCAGCAGCGCUUCCAUCACGAGCCGGUGUGCAGGGGUGAAAGCGGCAUGAAGCAGUGCCAUGAGUGCGACCAGGAGUUUGACAUGAAAAGCUUCUCGAAGCACAUGCGGAGCGCCCAUCAGGUCGUCCAGCGCGAUCGGAACGCCGUCAUCAAGAGCCGGUGGUACCCGUGCGGACAGUGUCCGGCCGUGCUGAAGAGCGCAAAGACGCUGGCUUGUCACGUUAACCAGCAUAAAGGAAUCAAACCGUACCCAUGUCGCAACGAAGGCUGCCAGGAGCAGUUCGCCUGGGACAACAACCGGAGGCAUCACGAGAAGCGCUGCCGCGAGUCGUCCUCCGUCUGUCCCGUUUGUGGCAUCCAACUGGCAAAUGGAUCGGUUCGCCAGCAGCACAUGGCCGCGUUCCACAAGGACGACGCGGUUCUGGAAGAGUUGCUGAAGCUGGAAAUCCCGCUGGACGAAUCUCCUAAAACGGAGCAACGAAAGGUUCCAGACCCUGACCAACUGCCCGACGGACGGAUGGAGUGUCCCGAGUGCGGGAAGAUUUUUCGCCAGCGGCACGGCUUCGUGUCCCACAUGAACAAGCACAAAGGCGUCCGACCGUACGCCUGUGUCAAGUGCGCUCGAGAAUUCUUCAGCAAACAGGCCCACGCGUAUCACGAGAAGAAGUGCGUAGCUGGGCUGAAGUUACGCCGAGCUCCCGGUUCAAAUCCGCUAAAAUCCGAUGAACGGAAGAUUCCCAAAGAAAAGAAGGCACCGACCCCGAUGGUCAAGACUCCUGCUCCUCCUCCAAAGCUAAUCACGGCACGAAAGCGCCUGAAAAAGAUCAAAGCCGUUCCGAAGCAGUGCGAGCUUUGCAACCAGAUUUUGCGUUCGGAGCGGGCGUACGAGUACCACAUGGAGGUGCACAACGGGGCCGGAAUUUACCGCUGCAAGGCCAAAGACUGCGAGGAAACUUUCCAGACCGUGCGCGAGCGGCAGCUGCACGAAGCGGAACGGCACGGAGGGCGGAUGCCGGAGGAGCCCAAGCAGCCGAAGGAGCAGAAAACGUACAUGUGCGAGAUUUGCUCGACCGUUUGUUUGCGCAAGAAAAGCUUCAUCAGUCAUAUGAACGCGCAUAAUGGCAUCAAAAAGCUCGUCUGCCGCAACGAGGGCUGCGCCGAGACCUUCUACAGCCAUUCGGCGCGCCAGUCCCACGAGGAACCGUGCCGCGGGGAAGUGAUCACCUGUCCGGUGUGCGACAUUAAGGUUAAAACGAAAAACAUUCUGCGCAUUCACCUGCGACGCCAACAUCCAGACCAGCUUCCACCCAGCAGGGCACUGCUUCAAAAAGUUAAAAAGGACGCCGAAAAGAAGACCUUCCCGUGUACGCUGUGCUCGCGGGUGUUCCGGACGCCCAAGUCCUUGGGUGAACACGUGAACGACCACACGGGGGCGAAGCCGUUUCAGUGCCGAAACGAGGGCUGUACGGAGGGGUUCGCGAGACGGGUGGCCCGGAUCUACCACGAGGAGGGUUGCCGCGGGCUUGUGGCGCCGUGUCCGUUUUGUGACAUCGUGCUCAAGAACAGUCGGACGCUGAAGAAUCACGUUGCGUCGUGCCAUCCGGCGGAGAAGGAGUCGUUUGAUAAGGGGAUUUUUUCGUACCAGGAUCAGCUCGUUCAGCGGAGUGAGCUGGAGAAGAUGAUGCUGGAACGGGCUGAGCGGGAACAGGCGGAGGAGGUGGACGAAACGCCGAAUGAUGAGAUCAAGUGCGAAGUGGACGACGAAAUGCCAGUUGAGUGGCUUGAAGAUAUCAUCGAAGAGGCCGAUCUUGGGGCGAAACUGUUGGAGAUUAAGGAUGAAGUGAUUGUGGAAUCUGCACAGCUGUGCCAGGCUAGUAGCUUGGACAACCCUGACGGUAUUCAAGUUGAAUUAGAGAACGUUGAAAUAAAAGCUGAAGUCGAUGACGAAACCGAUUCGCAGACUGACGAGGAAGAUGAUCUUUUGGUAGACCCGUUCAACGAACCGAAGGAAAAAACACAACUUCCAGCCGCCAAACUAUUUAAAUGUCGCAACGACAACGGCUGCCAACAGAUCUUCGAAAGUCAUCAGUCCCGGACGCACCACGAGCCUCGCUGCCGGGGAGAGACCUUCUGGUGUCCGCGUACGGGCUGCAAGUACGGUCCAACGACCAAGCUAGAUAUUGAACAACAUCUGCUGCAGAAGCAUGGCGACGAGAAAGAAAACGAGGAGACGACGAAGGUUAAAGAGGAUCCUGGGGAGGAGGAGGAUGAGGAGGACGAUUCGUCUGGCAAGGGUAAAUUCAAGUGCGAAGAGUGUUGGGCAAUUUUUAAGCACGCUAGUUCGUUAAAGUAUCACUUGAACAGGCACAAAGGUGCAACACCGUUCUCGUGCCAAAACCCCGGCUGUGGCAGGUCCUUCGCCAGCCCCGGCGAACGUCGCAUCCACAACUGCCAAGGCCAGGUGACUGCGCGCACAUGUCCGAUGUGUCCAACCUCGUUUCAGAACCAAAACCGCCUGUGGUACCACAUUCGCACGAAGCACGGUGAAAAUGUCAACAACGAUCAACGCCACGAUUGCGCCGUUUGUGGUGCGUCGUAUGUGUUGGAAAAAUCGUUGCGAAUCCACAUGCGCAAACACGACGGAACGCUUCCGUACAGGUGUCGCAAGAAAGGGUGCGACAAGGGCUUCCGCAGUAGCGAUCGGCGAUGCUACCACGAGCUGAGCUGCGGAGAAGCAGGAGUCGAGUGUACCAUUUGCAAAGUUCAACUAAGAAAUAAUAAGACUCUCGCGAACCACAUGAAAAAAGUGCACCAGGAUGGGUUGGUAGGAUCGAAGAGGGAUGAGCACGGAUCGCUCAUGUGCGAGAUCUGCAGUAGAACAUUCAACCGUAAUUGCGAUUUAACAAACCAUAAGAAGACACACGUAGAGCCGAAAGAUGAGUUGGAAGCGAGCACCAUCGAUGUCGGCAAUGGAUUGGUAAAGUGUGGCGUCUGUUCAAAAUAUCUCCAGAAAAAGACCUACCAAUACCACCUGAACUCCCAUCGAGGGGUGCGGCAGUACCCUUGCUCCAACUGCCCGCAGGGAUUCUUCAGCAAGCAGGCCCAAUGGUACCACGAAAAGAAAUGCCUUGCGGGACAGAAAAUGCGCAAAACCCCGCGAGUCUACAUCAAAAACGUCGAGACGGAACCAACAGAACCGAUCGUUUUCAAGUGUCCGGACUGUCCCUCAACUUUCCCGAAUCGAUACACUCUGUACCACCACAAGCAGCGUCACCUGGGCCCCAUCGUAUGCACCGAAGGCUGCAACAAGAGCUUCAGCAGGGUGGAUCUCCUGAGGAAACACAUGCGAGAUUGUCACGGAAUCGGCGAAAAAGCACCCCUCAAGAUGGAGAAAACGCUCAAAUGUGACUUUUGUCCGUUGAUGUUUGGCUUCAAGGCGUCGCUGGUGCGGCAUAUGAAGUUGCACGAUGAUUCGAGCCGAGCGAGCUGCACUAACCAGGGAUGCAACCAAACGUUUGCGAACGAAAAGGCGUUGCAAAAGCAUUUGGCGAGCUGUUCCUCUACUGUGUCGAUCAACGGUGAACAGUGAGGAGAUUUGAAGUGAUUUGAUUGUUAAAAUGUUUAGCGUUAGCAACGGGUAUUUAGCCGUUGACUUUGGUAAAACAA